AUGGGGUUUAACAUUUGGGCUAGAACCAACUGUGCAGGCUUAAGAGGCCGGAAACUCAGAGUGAUGAUUACCAUCAUCGCUGUCACUGGUUUCUCAUUAUUCGGAUAUGAUCAAGGAUUAAUGUCUGGUAUUAUUACCGCACCUCAAUUCAACAGAGACUUCCCAGCUACUUUGUCUAAGGGCGAGGGCGACCGUCAUGCUACCGUCGUGCAGGGUGCUGUCACCUCGUGUUACGAAUUGGGUUGUUUCUUCGGUGCUAUUUUCGUUUUGGCCAGAGGUGACCGUUUUGGUAGAAAGCCAAUGGUCGUCUUGGGGUCGCUCACUAUUAUUAUCGGUACUGUUAUCUCGGUUGCAGCUUUCAGAGAUCACUGGGGCUUGGGUCAAUUCGUCAUUGGUAGAGUCAUUACCGGUAUUGGUAAUGGUUUCAACACCGCUACCAUCCCAGUGUGGCAAUCAGAAAUGUCCAGAGCUGAAAACAGAGGUAAGUUGGUCAACUUGGAAGGUUCCGUUGUUGCCAUCGGUACCUUCAUUGCCUACUGGUUGGAUUUCGGUUUGUCGUACGUCGACAACUCCGUUUCCUGGAGAUUACCAGUUGCCGUGCAAAUCGUUUUCGCAUUAGUUUUGUUCAUUGGUAUCAUUCAAUUGCCCGAGUCUCCAAGAUGGUUGGUGGCCCAUGACAGAAAGCCAGAAGCCAUGGAGAUCUUGAGUCACUUGAACGACUGUGACGUGAACGACGACAUUGUUUAUGCCGAAGUCACUGUGAUUUCCGAUGCUAUUGCCUCCUUCAAGAGAGCUCAACUUGGUUUUAAGGACUUGUUCUCUGGAGGUAAGUCGCAACAUUUCCAAAGAAUGCUUAUUGGUUCAUCCGCUCAAUUCUUCCAACAAUUCACUGGUUGUAAUGCUGCUAUUUACUACUCCACCGUGUUGUUCGAAAACACCAUUGGUUUGGAGAGAAGAUUGUCUUUGAUUUUGGGUGGUGUUUUCGCAACCAUUUACGCACUUUCCACUAUUCCAUCGUUCUUCUUGAUUGACACUUUGGGUAGAAGAAACUUGUUCUUGAUUGGUGCCACUGGUCAAGCACUCUCCUUCACUAUCACCUUUGCUUGUUUGAUUGAUGACACCACACAAAACGCCAAGGGUGCUGCCGUUGGUAUUUUCUUGUUUAUCGUCUUUUUUGCAUUCACCAUUUUGCCAUUGCCAUGGAUUUACCCACCUGAAAUCAACCCAAUGAGAACUAGAACCGUCGCUUCAGCCAUCUCCACUUGUACCAACUGGAUCACUAACUUCGGUGUUGUCAUGUUCACUCCAAUUUUCAUUGACUCUUCUAAGUGGGGUUGUUAUUUGUUCUUUGCCUUGAUGAACUACGCUUUCAUUCCAAUCAUUUUCUUCUUCUAUCCAGAAACUGCUGGUAGAUCCUUGGAAGAAAUUGAUAUCAUUUUUGCCAAGGCUCAUGUCGAUGGCAGACAACCUUGGAGAGUUGCUGCUACUUUGCCAAAGUUAUCCUUGAAGGAAAUCGAAAGUCAAGGUAACCAGUUAGGUAUCUACGAUGGAGAUUUUGAGAAGGACAAGAUGGAGAACAAGGAGGUUACUUCUGAAUUUUCCGAUAAACACGAAGGAUCUGAUUCACCUAACGAAGGCGAAGCACCUUUCGAGGAAAGACCAACUCAAGUUUAA